GCGCUCCAGACAGGCGCCUCUGGUAGAAAAAGUCUGGUGAAGUGGGCGGGUUGAACCGUGGACGCGCGUGGACGCUACCAGCGAGUCUUUGGGCGGACGUCGGCCACGCAGGACGUUACAUUGGAGCAUCCCGAAGUGUGUCUCACUCCGCGCAAGAAGCUGCCCACGCAUAUCCCGCUCAAGUCCACCAUGAGGACGCACGUAUGGAUUUACCAGGCGCUGGUGUGCGCGCUGCUCAGCCUGCUGGAUGCAGGUGACUGUCGAAAGAGCAGACAGUCUUUGCAACGCUAUGAAAAGUCUGACAACCACCUGCUGGUCUGUGCCGAGUGCCCGCAGUCUCCCGUGGUGCGCAACAGUCGCUCGCAGGAACAUUGCGCCCACAAGUGCAAGAAAGUCAAGAAGCACUUCAACUGCAGGGCCUUCAACUUCCACAAACACAACAGGAAAUGCCACUUGCUCCCCUUCGACCGGUUCAGCCACGGCGCACAGAAGCAGGCCGGCGCCAACUUCACGCUGUAUGAAAAGAAAGAUUACAUAAGGGAGUGUAUCAUGGGACCCAAGGACAACUACAGAGGGAGGAGGUCUUGGACCAAGUCGAACAUAACGUGUCAAGCCUGGUCUGAUAAUAACAUCAAUGAACACACGUUUUAUCCUGAUCGGUACCCAACGCAAGACUUGAGGGAGAACUUCUGCCGGAAUCCCAACAACGACCCCGGUGGUCCGUGGUGCUAUACCACCGAUCCCAACGUACGGGCCGAGGAGUGUGGCGUGCCGCAGUGUUCGGAGGACGUGUGCAUGACGUGUAACGGUGAGGAAUACCGGGGCAAAGUUGACCAUACCGAGAGCGGCAAGGAGUGCCAACGAUGGGACUCCACCAGACCCCACAAACACAAAUUCCAGCCCAAAAAGUACAGGGACAAAGGCUUGACAGAUAACUACUGUCGCAAUCCGGACAAUCGCCUCCGUCCGUGGUGCCACACCAUGGAUCCAAAGACUCCCUGGGAGUACUGCAACAUCACCAUGUGUGAGUCUGACUCCAGGGAGGAUCCAGAUGUGAACGCCACGAUGUGGUGCGUCCGCGGAAAGGGUCGAGAGUACCGCGGCACCAUGAACGUAACUCCUGAAGGGGUGACGUGUCAGCGCUGGGACUCGCAGUUUCCCCACCAGCACUUCUUUCUUCCAGACAACUUCAAAUGCAAGGACCUGCGUGACAAUUUCUGUCGCAACCCAGACGGGUCAGAGUACCCAUGGUGCUUCACCAGCGAUUCCAAUCAGCGCAGAGCCAACUGCACGCAUAUCCCCAGGUGUGACGCCCAGGCAGCCAAGAAAACUGAAUGCUACGAGGACAACGGGGAGGCGUACCGGGGCACCUUAGCUGUCACGCGCUCAGGGAUUCCUUGCGCCAAUUGGUCCCUUCACAUCAACAGCGGGGAUUCUCACUCUACACUAUCCCAUGUAGGGCUGGACAAGAACUACUGCCGAAAUCCUGACCGGGACAAACAUGGCCCGUGGUGCUACACUGACCCGAACACUCGCCUGGCUUGGGAUUACUGCAAAUUGAAACCCUGUGAUUCCACAACAGCCACACCUCCAAACGCGACGCAAACGCCACCCGGUCCAGCACCGACCGUGCCCAAGAUCUCAUGCUUUGUCCACAUCACCACUCGCAUCGUCGGGGGCCACCACGUGCGAGGGGCGGAUGGGAGCUGGGUUGUCAGCAUCCAGAGAGAAAAGAUCCAUAUGUGUGGAGGUUCUUUGAUCAGAGAAGAUUGGGUGUUGACGGACCAGCAGUGCUUCACAUCCUGCGUUCCCGACCUGAGGGAAUACAGCGUACAGGUGGGAUUACGCCACCUGAACGAGUCGUCGCGUCACCCCAGACUUAAAAUAUCUCGCCUUAUCUGCGGCCCGGAGGGAUCCAACCUGGUCAUGCUGAAACUGGCCAAACCCGCGCCCGUGUCGGAGGGAGCCACCACCAUUCAUCUUCCCGUCAAAGAAUGUCACAUCGCCGAGGGCACCAACUGCACCAUGUACGGAUGGGGCGAAACCAGAGAUAAGGAACGGGAACGGGCGUUGAACGCCGUGACCAUGCCGAUGGUGGACGACGACAAAUGUUCGCGGAUUAAGGGGGACGCUGGAGGAAGAAGGAUUUGUGCCGGAGGCAAAAGAGGAGAAGGCGUGUGCGAAAAAGACAAUGGUGGUCCGCUGGUGUGCCAGGAGCAGGAACGCCGUGUGGUGGUGGGUGUGAGCAUCCAGCGCACCAAGUGUGCAUCGUCACGGCCGGCACUCUUCGUCAACGUGGCGUUCUACUCACAGUGGAUUUACAAAGUCUUCAAGCUUUACCCCGGCCCGGACACGAACUGACCGAGCAGGCCUGGAGAAAAAAAAAGAAAACUUUGCAAGGAGGAGUUAUUUUUUUCAGGGAAAACAAUCACUGACUACCAAAUGGAAUCUCCACUAAGCAAAUGAAGAUUGUGUGAAGCGAACCGUGACUAAGAAUCGUCUCCUGGAAUUUACUUGAAUACUCGGACGGUGGUCCGUAAGGGACAAGAAGCUUCGGCGUGCGGUUGGAUGCUGCUGUCAAGCUCCGAGGUUCUCGUGCUAAUGCUUGUAGCAUGAGCGAGCGGCGGCCCUCGCCAAGGCAAACAUGCCUCCGCUUUCUGGAGGGAACUGCCGUGGCCCCUGGUGGGCUGUGUGCGGUCAAUCGGUUAUUCUUCUCUUUCAUGCAAAGUGAAGCCUUAUGUACAUAACGGGACGGAUAUUCGAACGCGAGUUUAUGGGUCUCAUAGAUCCAACUUCCCUUCCCAUCGCUUCCUUUUGCCGCUAAUGAUGUUUGAUAUAUUUAAAAAAGAGAAGAGGUAGCUUGACUAUAUUUAUUGUCGACUGCGGUCCAAAUGGUUUUGGAAUUAAUUAAGACCAGAUGAGCACAUACACACAAAAAGAGGCUGAUGGUUUCCUGGCUAAAUGAAGACGUUUCUGGCUGGAAACUUUGUCAGUUAAAUGGUUAUUCGUCAUUUCUUUGGUUUAGGUUUGGACUAUUUACUAUUUACAACAUCUGGAUCGAUUUUUCAUGUGAUGGAGCAUUUGAAGGAAUUGAGUUGAAUAUGUCAUCUAUGCAAAAAGCAAUUCAGAACAUUUAAAAUAUAUGUGGUUUUUAAAUGUAUCAGCAACAAUUAGGGCGCAACCGAUCUGGUCGGCCGAUUUUUCCUCUUAAAAUCGCAAAAGUCAAUCAGAAUUUUGCAAUUUUUUUAUUAUACACAUAUUAACACUUUGAAACAUAAGAAAAAUAUAAUGACAUUAGAAUGUUCACUCUACCAAAAAAAUUGGCAAAAAUAAUCAGCUGAUUAUUCUCUCUGUAAAAUUUAACAAAUAUUGACGGAAAAAAUUAUGUAAAUCAGUCAAAAGCCCUGCCUGUAAUUAUUUUUAUUCUUUUGUAAAAGAGGAAGGAAAAAGAGAUUUUAUUCAUGAUAUAUUUUUAAUUAAUCAAUCACUUAAUUUAAUCCCGAAAGUCAGAAUCUGCAUCGGCGUUAAAAUAUCCAUAUCGGUAAGCCCCUAAUAACAGUUUCCUCAACUGACUGUGUCUCGAUCCAAAUAAGAAACACAUUUUUUUAAGUGUUCAUUUUUUUUACUAACUCUUAUUUAAUUGCCCGACGUUGUACAUAGCCCAGUGUAAAAUUUUGUAAAUAUCACAUGAUAUUUUUUAACAUCACAGCAACUGGCUGAAUUUAUUUUUUAUAAAAGCUGCUAUUUUUGGCCCUAUGACUUUUUGGUUUUGUGUUUUGUUCCACUUUGUUAUUCCCAUUUUAAUAAAAAAAAGAAAAAAGGAAACAAAUUGUGCCAUGCAACACAAUCGCCUAUCGCUCGUAUGAUUUAAUAAAUGACAAUAGCUGUACUAAUCGUAUUUCUUCUGUCUUGUUGAAGGGAACUUCAAGAUUACUACAAGAAAUAUGAGAGUGGAUUCCAGGUGGUGCUCCAGGUUAAGUCCAGGCCUUAUCUUGUGCGCUGUGAUGGUAGUGGGUCAACAUAGAAGAGCCUUUGGGAUGCUGCUGAUCAAGCUGCGGGACGGAGAUGCACGUGGACCACCCAAAACCUGAGGGCCGAUUUUUCCAACAAAGGUUAGUGGCAUGGUGUGGACUGUUAGUAGCUUCAUAUUAAUAUAGCAUCUAUGUAGCAAUACAAUAAUACUUUAUGGUUGGUAUUUCAAUUUUUUUUUAAUUUGCAGUUGGCAUUAUCCCUACUAUCUUAAAUCACAAUUUAGUGCUAAACUGAACUUUACAAACCUGAGUAACCACCGGGGAACAUCUGAUAUGUGCUGUAGUACGAAGGUCCUGUGGUCAUCUGCCAGCAUAAUAAGCAGCAUGAAUAUUUCUACAGUGUAUGUAAUGAACAUUUGGGUCAGAAAUAACACAAAUUGGCUGAAAAACAGACCAGCCCAACAACACAGUUUGGUGGGUUAUGCAGUUGACCUAAUUUUGGGGAUUCAAGAAAUAACUUCCAAAAUAUGGUCGGUUGCUUUUUUACACAAUUUCGGUCAUUUUGAUCCAGCUAUUUACCGAUUAGUUAAAGUUACAGCGAAAUUGGCUCCCAUGCUAUCACUGCAUUCAAAACCGAUGGGUUGAAAAUAACCCAAUUUUGGUACAAAAUUGGUCCGACCCAUUACGUGGGUCAAUUUGACCCAAUUUUCUUUUGCUUUAAAACAACUUUAUUUUUUGUACAAAACAAAUCAAAACUGGGUCAACUUGAGCCAAGUAGAGCGUCAAACGUUUUUAUUUUUUUCUUCAAAAAAUGUUACAUUACUAAAUUGAAUUUAUUGAAUUGUAUGACAAAGCUGUCCAAAAUGAUGACAAGGUCCAGCCUGCCCAAAUCCAAUCUUCAACCCAAUCUACUUGGUAGAUUUUUUUUAACCCAACCUUGGGUAAAAGUAACCCAAGCUGGUGGGAAUCCACAGCUACCAAGUGAAUGGUUAAUGGUAACAAACCAGCAUAUUUUUAUAGUGUGAGGUAUUACCUGUGAAGUUUGGAUGCUUCCUUGCACUUUUGGAUCUACAGCAGCUGGGAAGGACAAAAUACUUGAGUGUCCUCACAAGUUUCCAUUGAUAUUCAACAAACUUACAUUGUUGGACUUCCCUCCUCCACUUGGCCCGUCUGUUUGAGAACCACACCUUGGAAUGGAGACAUAGCAAGUUCAUUUUGGAAUUAGCGAUUUACCUAGAACAGUUUCUUCCCCUACCUUGAUAGUGUCCUCGGGAAGUCGGAUCCGGGCUGAGAGUUUCUCUCUGGUGUACACGUCGGCGUACUGGUUAUGAGAAAACUCUGCAGUACAAAAAAAAAAAAAUUCAUUCAUUGUGACUCGAAUUUUGUAAUUUAUUGCCACCUUCUUCCAAGACUUUGCUCUGCUCAGGAGUGAAGGUGGUCCGGAUUCUCUGGUGGGCACCUUUGGGAUUGGUCACCAUGGCUUCUUCUCUGGUUGUGCCUGCCCCCAAAAUUAGGUAAACUCAUGUGAAAUGCGAUCGAUACUGAUAAGAUGGUGAAAUUCCAAACUAUUAGAACUUACUAUGUUCAGCCCUAUAGUGUGGAUCGCUCCAUGAUGCCUCCUCCAAUGGGAUCCUUCUUAAAAUCCGGUUUAUGGACGACACCUUAUGAAAUGAAACAUUAAAAUGCGGCUAAAUGUCCUUCAAGAAGAAAAUUAAUAAAAAUUCCAAGCUUUGACUUACGCUGGGAACCCUGGAGGCAUUGCAGCUUUUGGUAUCCAGCAAACUCUUCCUAAUCUCCCAGGCAAAAAUGGUCGGAUUGUACCGCUUGUGUCGGACGAUAGCGGUGAUGACGCUAGGUGUGAGGAGCCGCGGCCGGCUUCCGCCUAUCGUCUUGGGUUGGACGAGGCCGGUGAGACGGUAUCGGCUCAGGAUCUUACUCACGCAGCCUGUGGACACCUGAAAAAGAUACCCGUGUAACAUUUUCGGCAAAAUUCGGGAAAAUAAAUAACAGUGGCGCCUUGAGAUACAAGUGACCCAACAUUUAAGUUUUGGCAAUGCCCAAGGAAUUGAAGCAAAAUUAUAACGUUCUAUUUCAUAAUGUCAAUUCAUAGAUUUGGCAAACUUGUAUGUUCACUGUGAAGUAACAUGAACUGAUAAGUGAAGUAACAUGAACUAAUAGUGGCCAGAUGUCGUGAGGUUCUCUGCCGCUACCUAUUGGCAGAUAGUGUCCAUUUUUUUGUCACAAAAUUCAUAAAGGAUGUUCUCAAUUCAAGGCACGACUGUUACUUGAAAAACUAAGAAAAUACCUUAAAUGAAAUUGAAUGAUAAGACAAAAAUGCUUUUUAAAACAUAAAAAUGAAGAAGUGAAAUUAACUAAAAUUGCUACAAAUAUAGCUGUCAGUUGAUGAUUGUCAUACAUGAGCAUAUGAGCUCAUUUUAAAUGUAGUUAAUUUGGUAUUACUUUAAUUCAUACAGAAGAUAGAUUUAAAAUUUGUUUAAGAAUUGUAAUUUACUUUCUUACACAAUACUUAAAAUAAAUAAUCUUGCAUUUGGCAAAAGCUAAAACUAAUACAAAAAAAAAACUUGCUGUGAAAAAUAAAAUAAAACAACUCAAUUAAAAAGGCUCAAAUAACAGUAAAAAAUAAUCAGAAUGAAAAAUCCCAAAUUAUUCUUGCCCUGCUCCAAAUACCCUCAGGAUCCUGGAGAUCUGACUUGGUCGCACCCCCUCUGAGGCCAGCUCCACCAUUUUCCGCCUCUUGGCGUCCGGGAGAGGUCUGCCGUUAAGGAACGUCCCACCUAAUUGAUUGACACUUCCACCUCCUGUUCUCCCCCCCCAAAAAAACACAAACAACAAUCAACUCCCUAGUAAAUCACCUUCUCAAAAUGACCCAAAGUAUAGCUGACCUGGAUUUGCCUGCUCCAAAUGCGUCCCGCACAUCCCGCUUGGAGGUGCAGGUGAUUCGUGGUGCUCUAGCCGCCUCCUCAUCUUAUUUAUAGCUCAGCGUGUGCGUGACGUGGGAGAACCUGAAAUGUCAAUAUUGGCUAUUUCAAUCUGGAGCCAGAGGCCUUUAUAUUAGAUUACAUGCUUUCUUCAAAUAAGAACAAAAAUGUCAACUUUCAUCUUGUUCCCAGUCUUGUCAUGUCACUAAAUAAGGAAGGGAGCACAAACAAUAUUAUUAUUAUUUUUAAUUCCUGUCAGUGCUUUUAAAAAUAAAUCCAAAAUGCAAAUAUGCCAUUACUAAUGUCAAUUUCCAUCUUGGUCUGAUGAGUUAAAUAAACUUUCAACCACAAGGAAGCACAGAAAUAUCCUUCAGUUUAUUUUGGACAACAUGCAAAUGCACAAUUAAAUGUAUCAAAAUUAACUUUUAUUGAGCACUAUGAGUUUAUAUUCCCGGCAGUGCUUUUUAUAUAAGCAACAUUUUUCCCUCUCGCAACUUGUUUUUAGGAACACAAAAUAAGGAUUACACAAGAUUUUAUGUUGAUACUUUUUUUUGUCUCGUGCAUUAAAAGUCCUCAACGGGCGCCCCAUUGUGAUUCAUUGUAUUAAAAAAAAACUUUUUAUCUAAUAUGACAAGCACUUGUCCCCAUUGAACUUUUUCUAAAUAAUGGCAGACAUGUUUCUCAAAAGUAAUCCAAAUGGUGCCCAUUGUGCAUUGAAUUGUUUGGUAAUCUGCUUUCAUUCAUGAACAGUUCAAAUUUAUUGGCACUUUUGAGAACGUUUUUUUUCUAUGUUAGCUUUCAACCUGUUCCCUAGGUUUAAUGCAACCAUAAAAUGAAAGUGAAAUGAAUUUUAAAAAUGUUUAAAAUACCUUAAUUACAGGUAUAACCAAAAUACGCAAAUGAUGCCUUCAUGUUUGUUGGAAAAAUGAAUUUCAUCCCGUACCUAUGACACAUGAAAAUGGAGGAAAGUGAAAUAUUCCAAGAUUUCAGCGUCAUGAAAUGUUAAACUUCUUUCAUGGGUGGUUGGUCACAUGACCCCUGCAUCUUUUUCCCACGUGCUGCGUUCAAGUGUGCGGAGAUGAAGAAGCAGCAGCAGGAGGGGAAUUUCCAUAAAGCAAACAUUUGGAAAUGUGCCCCAAGGACGAGUGCCAUAUGGUAAAGUGCUUUUGAUCACUCGUAAAUCCAUCCCGGAGUGCCUUUAUUACAUUUUCCCUGCGAACGUCAACAAAUCGGGACGGAGGAGGGCCAAACGCGCGAGGGCACCUUGCUCGUGGGGGGCCCAAAAUCACCCUCACAGAUGUUCCUCACGCUGCCCGCAAGAUAAAAUGCGCUGUAAACGUCCCCAAGGGAAAUAUUUGACGAGCAAAUAUUAGUACAUGCAUGCGCGCCGCGGACCGUUCGGGGGGGAGAAAAAAAAAUCACGCGUGGCGCAGUGGUGACGAGACUUUGGGGGGGCCUUGUUUGGUGACUAAUUGAAUAUCAUUAGUUGGGUCCACACAGAUGGAAGUGCGUGGUGAUUAAAAAAAAAAAAAAAGUAGAACCAUAUGGCGCAAAUUAUACAUUAACCACCUAUGAGUGGACGCACCGUCCGUGUGUGUGCGUGGAAUGGAUCCGAGCCCGUGUGGAUCUCCUUGCCAACCAGCGCACCUCCAAUCAGGUCGGCCAUUUCUUUGAUUACACGCUGUCAUUGAUUUAUCAACUUUUAUAGCGUGCCGCGUGCACACGCGAAAUCCCACGCACGCGUCGCAGUUUGAUUAGGAAAGCCGCGCCUCUCCUGUGCGUAAAUUUCAGGUAGGAUUGGACUGUUCGACUUUGAGGGGGCUCCACUGUUACCGUCCCAAAAUGCAAGAUGGUCGAACGACGCAUCCUAUGUCGUUGUUUGGGCUGUUUUACACGUAAAUUCAUGUCGAUUGUGACACGGAAACGAUGUGAAAUUAGUCAAAAUCGGCCGCGUAAAAGGCGAGGAAAAGGAGGCCGAUGCGCGCGCACCACCCCGGGAGAAUUGUGCGUAAAAGGAGAGUGCGUUCCUUUUCUCAGCAUCGUUUUUAAUAAUAAUAAUAAUAAACACACUUUUAAUAGAAA